CGCGAGCGCGCGAACGCGACGCGAAGCGCGCAGACAUGAGCGAAGACGAACGCGGGAGCCUGCUGCGCGCGGCCGACGACGCGUCGCUGCGAUUGGACGUGGCGAGCGAGGGCGAAGGGCGCGAACACCAAAAUCGCGGGUCGACCGCGCGACGAACGAUCGGGGCGCUGUCGGGCGCGCUCGUCGCGAGCUUGGCGCUGAAUGGAGCGCAGUACGCGAGAGGUCGCGGUUGGACGUCGAGCGAGGCCGCGCUCGGGAGCUCGCGGUUCGCGCUGGCGGCGCCGAGGGGGCUGACGAGGGACGCGCACCUGGACGCGUGCGGACACGCGUCAAAGUUUAGCUUGAUGUGCGUCGGUGAGCGCGAAGAAAGGGGCUCGUGGCGCUCGAUCGCGAUGCUGGGACAGGAACCGAUGCAACAGUUCGGUCAGGAGAUGGCGGCGGACGCGGCGGCGAUGGCGCAGUCGGGCGCGGUCGAUUUGGCGGCGGCGGCGCACGCGCAAGUUCCGGCGUCGGGAGCGACGCGGUAUUGUCGCAAGGAUACGUGGUUGUUGUCGUGCUUGUUCUACAAGGCGAACAUCAACGACGAAGCGACGGAUUGGAAGCACGUCAAGGAGGAAUGCGACGGGGAAUUCGAGUGCGACGGCGUCAACAAGUACUGGACGAGCGACUUGUGGCACAUCGGUUCGAGCGGGAACGCGAACGGAUGCGACGCAUCCUUGGCCGACGGUACCGGCACCGACGCGAGCGCCUUUUACAAGGAAGGAAGCGCGGGCUGGCGUCAGUACGGACCCGACGGUGGCGACGGUUCGUGCAAGGUUGUCAAUAGUUGGGGUAACCCGGAGUAGGCGACGACGACGUCGACGCGAACACGCGCUCUCUUCCCGCUGUAAAAAUCACUCACACACCUUUUUUA